CUCGCCAACGUCGACCCCACCGACGUUGCGAUCAUUUCUGCCGCACGAAGGACUGCCGAAUCCGCCGAAACCGACGCCUUCAACCCCGCCAUAGCUGCUGCGAGUGGAGCUGCCGCAACGGCUUUGCAGAAUGGGAAGAUCAAGAACAAGGUCUUGAAGUUGAAGUGUGAGGUGCUUCAUUUACAGAUUGAGCAGGCGCAAGGAAGUGACCAAUCGGCGAAGAUCACUCAGGAGACCACCAAGUUGAAUACGAACAUUGCACUGGAUAAGAAGGCUGCGGGGCAGGCGAGCCAGAGUGUGGCCUUUACGGGAUAG